CCCUCCUCUUCGAAAAUGGCUCUUUAAAAUCCCAUUUUGAUUUCACUGAAAAAUAAAUCGAUAGCCUUUCAAUUUCACGCCAAAAUUCCCUCUCCAGCCCCAUGACGGAUAGAGUCUACCCCAACGCUGCCGCGGCCACGGCCACCAACGGCGCUCCGGCCCCCAAGACCGCUCCAUUUCCAGCAACUAAAUCUCAACUCUACGGCGCUACCCGCCCUGCCUACCACCCUCAACCUCACCAUCGCCGUCGCCGCAGCCGCAGUUGCUGCUGCUCCGUCUGCCUCUGGUUAUCUCUAACUCUCAUCCUCCUAAUCUUCCUCCUCGCCAUUGCCUCCGCCGUUGUUUACCUAAUCUACCGUCCUCACCGGCCGUCCUUCACCGUCUCCGCCGUGAAACUCUCCUAUUUCAACAUCACUUCCUCUUCACUCCUCAAUUCGAAGUUCGAUCUCAACGUUUCCGCCAGAAACCCCAACAAAAAGCUCGUGUUCACUUACAAUCCGGUCUCGAUUUCAGUAUUCUCCAAUGGAAUCGAUGUCGGCGAUGGUGUAUUGCCUGGAUUUGUUCACGAUACGAAGAACACAACUCUGUUGAAGACCUCGAUUCUCAGCAAGAGCCACCAACUAGAUAGCUCGUCGGAAAGUACCUUGAAGAGCAGUAUGAAGAGCAAGAAAGGUCUUCCGUUGGAGAUUCAACUCGAUACGAAGGUGAAAUUGAAGAUGGGAGCACUCAAGAGCCCUAAAAUCGGAAUUAGAGUUUCUUGUGACGGAAUUUCUGUAACUGUUCCCACCGGUAAAUCUCCGGCCACCGCCUCAACUUCCGGCGCAAAAUGUAAGGUUGAUCUUCGUUUAAAGAUCUGGAAAUGGACGAUCUGAAAACAGAGGAGAAGAAAAUUUGAAGAAUACAAAGAACACGAAGAAGCAAAGAGGUCUCUGGUUGCAUUUUAUUAUUAUUACUUUUUUUUUUUUUUUUGUAUUUUUCCUUUCCCGAAAUUUUAAUUUUCGCCUUCCCUGA